CCCGGAGGAAAGAGUGGAGCAGAAAUCCCUCAGCUCCCCACCAGCUCCUCCUGCUCCGAGCCUGGAACUGGGGAAGAAGCGGAAUAGGGGGUGGGGUAAAUUGGCUGCGGCAGGCUGGGCUGGGCAGGGCUGGGUUGACCCCUCCCCAGCGAGGGGCGGGACCCCAGGAGGAGCGAGGGAGCCAAGCCCCAAAGAGGACCAGACACGAAGAGGCGAGAUGGCGGGAACCGGUGUGGGGGCCCGCUUGUACCGGCAGAUCAAGAGACAUCCCGCGCUCAUCCCCAUGAUCGGCUUCAUCGGCCUGGGCAUGGGCAGCGCUGCGCUCUACUUGCUGCGGCUCGCCCUGCGCAGCCCCGACGUCUGCUGGGACCGGAAGAACAACCCGGAGCCCUGGAACCGCCUGAGCCCCAACGACCAGUACAAGUUCCUUGCAGUUUCCACGGAUUAUAAGAAGCUGAAGAAGGACCGGCCAGACUUCUGAGCCUGGCUGGGACGGGUCCCUGUCCUCCACCGACGUCAGCCGGCCUCCUCCUUCCUCCCUGCCACUCAGCCCCCAGCCUCCAGGGCGCCUCUCACCACCCUGUCCAGCUCCUGCGUACACAGGCCUGGUUCCCACGCCGCAGAGGGGAGGCAGCUCCACCCCCACCCUCUUCCCUCGCUCCCUGCAGCGGAAGCACCCCUGACCCUCAGCUGGAGUCCCACGCAGGGGGGUGGGGGAGGGAGAGUCAGGAGGUGGGGCCCCAGUGGGUUGACUCAAAAGGCCCAAGGCUGCAGGGGCCUGACGGGGUGUGGCGCAGGCUACGUGAGGAGCGUGGCAGACGUGAGCCAGGAGCAAGCAGGGGCCUCUGAGUGCCAGGCGACGCGGCAGGCCCCACGUUUGCCAGGCUCUGGGCGCCCUCCCAGGGCGGCGCUGCGCUAGCUGACUGGGCUCCUUGCCUGCGGCCCAGCCGCUCCGGUGGCACCUCUCAGCCCAGGGAGGGGCCUGCGCGGUUUCCUGCGACUCAGGAGCCAACCCGCAACCCCCUCCAGCCUCGCACCUGGGCCUCCCCCUGCCAUCCACCCCUCCUCGCUCAGCUCCCCUCUGUCCCUUGGGAUCAAACAGAAGCAGCCAUGGGCAAAAUACAAUUUCAUUUAACAAA